ACUACCUGGCAUACCAGACUCUCCAUCUCCCACAUGCAUGAUCUCAUGACCAAAACAGAUUUUCUGUCUUCCCUAGGUAACAAGACUCCCAAGUGAAAAAUGAGGUUGAUGACUUUAGAUGUCUUUCUUGAUUGCAGCCAGAAGUAACUUUGAGUCAAUGUAUAGAUUUGAAAGAUGCAAAAAAUUGAAAGGAAUAUGUAAAACAUUUUGUAAUGAUGAUGAGUAUGAUUACGGAUACUGCAUUAAAUGGAGAAAUCAGUGCUGCAUAUGAACUCUGGAAAACAGAAGUACUAUUGAGCAUCAAAGUCUGGAACAGAGAUUCAUCUUACCGACACGAGAGUGGGUAGAAAGAAAACGUUUGCAACGUUUAAAGAAGUAUUCGCUUUUAAAUCCUCAGUACCACUGUUUACAUAAAUAAAAAUAAUUUAGUUUGUAUUCUAUUUAUUUCCCACUUUCUUUGAAUUUCAGAUGGAUGAA